AUGGGUUUAUUUAAUAGUGGUAAAAAUGAAAAAGUUGAAAAAGUAAGUAAAUAUGAACGUCAUUAUAAUGUUCCUCAAAAUUCUACACGUCGUCGUUCAUCAAAACAUCGUUCUCAUCAAGGUGAACCAGCUGCACGAGCUAUGUCACAACCACCAUUAAUGCGUAUUGGACAUACAAAUGGUGGUGGAAAUGGAGGUGCAGGUGCAGGUGGAUAUUAUCAAGCACCAAGUGUAUUUAAUCAACCUAUUGUUGGUGGAAUGGGUCCAAAUGUACUUCCACCAAAUUUAAUGACACCAAAUGUUUUACCACAAGUUCGAUAUCCAAUUCAACCAUUUGAUUUAAGUAAAUUUGCAACACCAAAUGCAUAUGCAACAAAUCCAUUUAAUGGUGGUCAAAUAGGUGCAAUGAAUUUAGCAUCAGCUUGGAGCAAUGGAUUAGCAUUAGCUAAUAAUCGACCAGCUUUUCAACAACCAUUAAAUGAAUAUCAACAAGCUGCUUGGCCUCAAAUGUCUCCAGCAAAUUAUGGAUAUAUGCCACCGAUGCAAUUUUAG